AUGAUGGAGAUCCUGGAAGAAACUGAGCUGUGCUUUCCACAACUCCUCAACACCUCCUGCAGGAAGCAAAAGCAUCGUUUCUUUGAGGCCAUGUUGAUUUACAUCCUGCUGUCCCUCAUCUCUCUGCUCACUGUGUGUCUCAACCUGCUGGUCAUCAUUUCUAUCUCCCACUUUAAGCAGCUCCACACCCCCACCAACCUCCUCCUCCUCUCUCUGGCUGUCUCAGAUUUCUUCGUGGGCCUCCUCAUGUCCUUUCAAAUUAUGCUCAUCGGCAGCUGCUGGCUCCUCGGUGACAUCGUGUGUGUUCUGUAUCAGUAUCUGUCAUAUGUUACCACCUCUGCCUCAGGAGGAAACAUGUUGAUCAUAUCUGUGGACCGCUAUGUGGCUAUUUGUGAUCCUCUUUGUUACCCCACCAGAAUCACAAAGAAAAGAGUUCAAGUCUGUGUUUGUCUGUGUUGGAUAUUUUCUCUCUCUUUUGUCAGUGUGCAGAUGAAGGAUAACCUGAAACAACCCGGCAGGCAUAACUCCUGCUUUGGAGAGUGUGUCAUUGUCGUUAACUCCAUUGCUGGACUAGCAGAUCUUAUUCUGACCUUCAUUAUUCCCAUUUCUGUCAUCAUAGUUCUGUAUCUGAGAGUGUUUGUGGUGGCUGUGUCCCAGGCUCGUGCCAUGCGCUCUCACAUUGCAGCCGUCACACUCCAGCGUUCAGUGAAAGUAACUGCCAAGAAAUCUGAGAUGAAAGCAGCCAGGACUCUUGGUGUCGUAGUGGUCGUGUUUCUAAUAUGUCUCUGCCCAUAUUUCUGCAUCAAUUUCACAGGCCAAAAGACCUUGUUCAAUGCUUCAUCCGUUGGCUUCGUAAUAUGUCUGUUCUAUUUCAACUCCUGUGUCAACCCUGUCAUCUAUGCCUACUUUUACCCCUGGUUUAGAAAAUCUGUUACGCUCAUUGUUACACUGAGGAUACUGCAGCCAGACUCCUGUGAGGCCAAAAUGCUGUAG